AUGGCGGCUCUCACCCCGUCAGCAUUCCUCAAUGCCUUCCAGGCGCUGAGGAUUCGCGCUUCGACACCCCUGCGACAGAGUCAAACUCCCAUUGUGCGAUCAUCAAGGACCUCGGAAGCGGCAAACCGGAUUCAGUAUGUGCGGGCCUUUUCAACCACCUCCCCCGUCCUCGGAACGUGGCUGGAACCGAGUUUGAAUAGAAAGAAGAAGAUGGCAAAGGGUCGACCGCGGGUGGCCACGGGCGGAUCAACAAAGGGGACCACUGUCAUUUGGGGUGACUAUGGUCUGCGCAUGAUUGACCACCACAGGAGAAUCAGCGCCAAGCAAUUGAAAAUGGCCGAAGACACAAUCAAAGUGCGACUAAGAGGCGAAAAAUACCGACUUUACAAGCGAAAGUGCUGCAACGUCGGUGUCUACGUCAGCGGUAAUGAGGUCAGCAAAAGUUUUGCGCCAGGUGAGCGAUGGAACGGUGUUCUAACAUUUUUCCAGAUGCGUAUGGGUAAAGGUAAAGGUUCUUUUGACCACUGGGCGACGAGAAUGGCCGUGAGUCAGGUGCUUUUUGAGAUCAGGGGGCGAAUUCACGAGCAGAUUGUGAGGGAUGCUUUCCGUCUUGCAGGAAAUAAGUUGCCGGGCCAGUGGGAGUUUGUCAAGAAGGGCGACGCUCCGGUUGUUGGAAUUACAAGGCUGGAUGGAGUGACUUUGGAGGACCUGAAGCGGCCGAGGAGACAAACCUCACCUGCGGAGUUGCUUCAGGCAUCUGCCCCUGGGACUUUUACGGACGCUGGUAUCACGAGUGACGCUUCUCGUUCGCCAUAG